AAAUCAUCAGACGUCAGUUGACUACUCGACGUGUUUUCGUUAGGUCUAUUAUUUUGUUACAAUUUCUUGUUUAUGUUUUUUUUAUCGUGAUAAAGUGUUGCAGUGGUUUGACGGUACAGUGAUUUGUUGGAAACGAAUUAUAAUGAAUCGGAUAUGUUUAUGAUAAAUUAUCGAAUUGGAAAGAGAAAGUAAACUUGUUCACCAUGGAUGCGAACUCGAAAUAUUACGAGGGCUGUGGCCAGGAGGGCCCAAUUCGAUGUAUAUUUUUGUGUGAAUUUCACCCAACCGCUGGCCCUAAAAUUACUUGUCAAGUACCGGAAAACUAUAUAUCCAAGGACAUAUUUGAUACUGUUAGUCACUACAUCAUACCGAAAAUUCAACUUCAGAGAUGCACAUUGACUGUAACACUACUGGGCUCUAAAAUCCUUGGUUUCCCAGUACGGAUUGAUAACAAGAAGUAUGCCCGCAAUGCAUUUUAUUUCAACCUAUGUUUUGUGUGUGACGCUUGGGCCCGGACCGUCCAUCUGGAACCACUGGUGAAGAAACUCACAGAGUAUCUUUUGUCAAUGGAGCUGGAGACGGAAUGGUUGUCCAAGCAGUCGACGUCUGGCGACGCGAAGCAGCUCUCGACCCUUAUGAGGCAGGUCAUGCAGGACAUCAACAGUAGGCGUAUGUGCACCCUUACAGUGGGCACAACGACCACGCAUCUGACAGUGGUGCGGGUGAACACAGACCCGACUCCCGUGAAGGACCAUCAGGUGCCUGUGUUCCUGUACAGCAGGCACUCCUUCGUAGCCGACCAAUGGGACCUCACCACCAAUCAGAUCCUGCCGUACAUCGACGGCUUCAACCACGUGUCCAAGAUAGCAUCGCUGACCGAUGUGGAGAUCAGCUUGGUGCGCGCAUGCGUACAGAACCUCGUGUACUAUGGUGUAGUGACCCUGGUGCCCAUCUUCCAAUAUUGUGCAGUGUACAGUGCGACGCCCAAGUUGCGACAACUGACGCGGUGUGCCGGUCUCCAGCGGCAGUGCGUCGAGUUUUGCGCGAGAUCUCCGCGCCAGCAGCCGAAAGUCAACGAUCUAUUCCGAAUGUACGCUGGCAUGACGUACGGUAGCACCGUGAGAGACCUCUGCCGCCGGUUGAAACCUCAGGACCUGGCCAUCAACGAGCGGAAACUGGUGUUGUUUGGUGUACUAGAAGGUCUCAUAAGGAGAGUUUAUAAGUACCCAAUAACAGUGAACAACGAGGACUCGUCGUCAGUACACAGCGAGCACAGCCAAUCCAUGGUGCGCACGUACAACGGACUCGUGUGCCUGGACGAGCUGUGCUGCCAGGGCGGCCUCUCCACCGUCCAACUGGAGGAGCAGUUGGAGCGAGACAGCAACGUCGUGUUCAUAGUCAAGUGAUAGCCCGUCAAAUGGUACAAACAGUGGUGAGCUUGAACUAAAAUAGAAAUCACUUUUUCGCAUGUAACCGAGGCUGUUGACGUUAUAAUCCUACUGUACAGUUCGGACCACGAAAAUGAAUUACAAUUUUCCAUACACAUUAACUACCUGUAAGGAAAAUUGUACAGUCUUCUAAUAUAGCUGUUAAGUUAGGUAAAUAACUGUGCAGACUAUGGGCUGUUUGUCCAUAGACAAUUCUCUCAUUUAUCUCAAAGACAACGAUUCGCUCAUUACGAAGCUACAUUCACACUAUAAUAUCAAUAUCAUAAUAAUUUUGGCGUUUAUCUGUCCACUGUUGGACAUAGGCCUCCCCCAUAGACUGUCAAAAAGAGGACUAUUCUUUGCCAUCUACAUCCACUAACUGUCUGCAAUGCAUUUGAGGUCGUUAUUGCAUCAGUUGUCUGUUCUUCGAGCUUUGUGACCAACUCAUUGUCAAUUCAGCUUGCUUAUCCUUAUGCCCAUCUCAUUCUGGUAAAAUCUUAUCACGUAAGAAACAAGGUAUUCAUACUAUCUGUAAUAAUCAAGUGAAUUUCAUUCCAGUCACGAUCAUCUCAAAGUGUUGCCACUUUUUCUACCGGACCAAAAACGUACCUUGAUUGUUAUUAUAAUAUGAAUCUAGCUUUAAGGUUUACGCAAACAAUGCAGUAUGCUGCAUACUGCAUUGUUGCAACUGGGUUUUUGUACAAAAGCAGUGCAAGGUAUGCACGCAUGAUCCCCUUAGUCAUAAAAACUAAAAUCUUCUACAAUCCUAUUUAAAAUUUUGUUACUCUCUUUAAAAUUAAGAAUUUAGGACAAAAGAAAGAGACAAAUCUAUAGGUUUACGAGAGAUUUAACGUUUUCAUGAAGAAGGUGAUUCUUUUAAUUCCGAUGAGAGACAAUGCUCGAGGAAAUGUUGAAUUAUGCAGUACCCAAAAUGACCGUUUAUGUAUACCUAAAACGUUUUGUUGAGUGAUUUGUGCGUGGUCACGGUUUACACAAAGAUAUUUUGUUAAUAGACAAAUUCUCCAUCGUCUGCGCAGAUCUUUAUCGAGACAAUUCGAACUGUACAAAUGAUUUUUAUAUUUGCAUUAAACCUAAGAGUGUGUGCAGUUAACCUCAAACCUCAAUAUGAUGUACAGGGUGAGUCGCGAUACCGAACUAAUCCAGUGAUUCGUGAAAUUGAAUAAUUUUCACCAAAGGGCAUAGUUGAAGACUCAAAAUAGCUUUUGAAUCGAUCUCUGAAUGUGAUCAAUUUCUGAAUCGAUCGCGUUCGAAAUUUGAAGAUUUUCACUUUGGUCCUUGGGUAAUGUUGUUCAAUUCACGAGUACCGUCGGGUUUCGGUUUAUUACAUACAUUGUGACUAACUCUAAAAACUCAUAUAUUUUAUUAAUUAUGUAUUAUUGUGUAAAAUAUAUAUGCGUUUUGAUAUGAAAAUCAUGUUUAAAACAACGAAUUAACUCUAAAACUUUUUAAGGUUACUAUACACUUUAAAACGUAUAAAAAAACGUAAUUUUCUAUUUAGAAUAAACAUGGGCACAUCACUGCGAUACGAGGGCCAGUCCUUUAAGAUUAAGAUAUAAUAAUUAGUCAUAAAUAAACAGUCAAAAUAUGUUUAUAGGAGGGCAAUUCCAAAUCAUUAGCGCAUAUCCGAUUCUAUUGGUCCCUAAGAGUCCGGAUGGUCUAUGACCACCCCAAAGUUUUCCGGUGUCCACACCAUAAUGCGAGAGAAGCUUUCAGUUAUGCGCGGACAUGUCUUAAAGUACAUAGAUGUGCAUCUUCUUUAAGGGGGAAAGCCUCCACUGGAAAGUUUUAAUUUAUAGGUUCAUUCUUGUAAGACACGUUUCGAUAAACAAAAGACAAUUAAACCUUAUUUCAAUAAUCUUAAAACUCUAUUUUGAAUACGAGCAAUUGUAAAGGUUUAAGACAGUUAAACCUUAUUUCAAUGAUCUUAAGACUCUAUUUUGAAUGCAAUCUAUAUCUGCUCUCCUCCUGGGCCGGUUUUUAUAAACGGAUAGUAAGUGGUAAUGAUUUUGAAAUUACCUUCUGAUGAUCUAGACCUGCAAUAUAUUAUACUUUGUUAAUAUAUUAGAGAUCUCAAUUAGGCGCACAUAAUAUAUUGCAGUUGGCUAGUUUUUUUUUUUUUUUUAUUAUAUACAGGUGAUUUUUGUAAAUGUUUAUACCGGUUUUACUAACGUUUUAUAUUCGACGAUGCUCGACUAGUUUCGAACUGAAUGGGAGACCUGACUCCUAUUGAGUUUAACUUUUUAAAAGAUAAUUAUUUGGUCUAAUAAUAAAUGCAUCUAAUAAUUGCUGUAUUAAACAAAAAAGUGAAAAUUAAUAUUCUUGAUAAAGGAAUUCGUUGCGCUUACUGCAAUGGUACCAUUUUGUCUGUGUAAAAAAAUCACCCUGUAUAAAUAAUAAAUGUAACAAUCUAUUAUAUUAUUUUUCUAAAUCCGCUAUUAAUAAUGAAUAUAUUAUAAUAAUUGAUAAUUAUUUAGUCGUUAGUUUAAGUUUAUUUUAAGUAUCGACGGUUAAGAAAUAUUAGAAUAGUCAAACGUACCAAAUUUCUAUAAUUAUAAUGGAUGGCCGCGUCUGAGGCGUCAUUUCUCUAUAUCUAUGUCUUAAAUAGAAAUUUGAGUUUAAUUUCACAGAUUUUUUUAAAAAUAUAAUAAAAUAUAUAAUAAAUUUAAUUUAAUGUAAUAACUACCCAUUUGACUUACGUGUAAUUAGAUCGAGAAAGUUCAACUAGUUUCGGGAUCAAUCCGUGACCCUUAAUCAUGAACGGCAGUAAUGUGAGCGCGAGGCUGACUGCGCGCCUCUCUCCGCUCGAACGCAAAUUAAACUGGUAGUUAUUGCAUUAAAAUAUAACGUGUGCAUACAAAACUUAAUAAUAAAAAUAGAAAUUUAGUUUAUGGUUACCCAUAAAACACUAAUUACGCGACAUUAUCAAAUUAAAAUAUUAGAAUAACAAAAAAGUUUAAAGAAAGAUCGCCUUAGAAUCGAGCUCAAUGUCUAAACACCUAAAUUAAUGUUAUACAAAGUGUAACAUACAUGUUUUUAAUUAAAUAACUGAUUAAUUUGUAUAAUCUAUUGAUGGUGUUGAGUUUUAUCAGUAAGGAACUAGUAACUUUGCAUACACGACGCGUCCAAUGCGCAGCGUAUCUGAUAUUUUAUAAAUACAAAUAUGUUAAUUCAGUAGCAUAAGAAUGAAUAUCGUGGUAGACCGGACAUUCGUGGAUUUUAUAACAAUACCUGUUGAAUAAAAAGAAAGGCAAAGGACAAACCUGGUUCACUUAGUCCCCGCGUGUAGGUCUUUUGUGUUCUCGUUCUCACUUAAAAUUAUCCAACACUUUUGUUGAUUUGCAUACGGCAGUGAUUCUCGACCACUGUGCCGCGGCACUUUUGUGUGCCGCCAAAUUUUAAAAGUGUGCCGCCAAAUUUUUCAAAUUUUUAAAAUUUUGUCAUAAAUUAUUUACGCAGUGUGUUGUAGUAAGUAAAUAAUUUUUAUCUUUCUCUUUGUGUGCCGCCAAAUUUUGAAAUCGUUAAAUAUGUGCCGCAACAAAAAAAAGGUUGAGAAUCACUGGCGUAAGGUAUCACUGCAUAUUGCGCGGAGAUCGCGGCUGAUUGAAUAAUUCGCAACUGGCGGAGAAUUUGCGUGAUCUUGGCGGAACUUGAUCAGCUCGACACGCAGUUGGAUUAUAGACUCAUUUUGUCCAUCUACCCCCCAAUGUGAUCCCAGAUUUGAUAGGAAAUAUGGAUAAGUAAGGAAGGUAGAAGGAUAUUGCGUUCGGAAAUGUUUAAUGCAUAUACAAAUGAUGAGAUUAUAUUUACCAAUAACUCUAUUGGCGCCUGGAACGGAUGUUGUGUGAUCGCUUUUAUAUAUUUUUUUUUGAUGGGUGAAAAUGGUAUGGUAACCUCGCCUGCGCUAACGGGAUACGCUGGCGGAGCACCAGUGAAGGGUGAUAGAUGAGAAUGAAAACAGGCCAGCUAGCCCAUCAUGAUGAAUUCAUCAGGAAUUAACAAUGAUAGUUUCCAGGGAGAACCGCGAAGAGGACCUGGUUGGGUAUAUUGCUAGCAAUAGGAUUUUCAGUCUCCAUUACUAAUAAUACCUUUCCCUCAGCGCUUUUAUAUUUGGUGUUGGAUUGUUUUAUGCCGUUUUGAAUGGCAAAAGAGUUCACAAUUCACCAUAGGCGUAUGGGAGUGGGAGGUUAAGUAGGGUAGCAUUAUAUACAUUUAGCGUCUCGAUAUAACAGGAGAGCAUAAUGUGACCCUUUUAAUUUUCCGCGACGACGCCGCGUGCGUGCGCGGCAUAUGUUACCUACAUACAUAUUAGUGGACGUGCUCGGAAUUUGAAAGCUUGGGGUCUACUAUGAUAUGAAAUUCCGAAUUUUCGGACUCAAAUUUGUGUUUUCAUUCAUACCGAAAUCAGCCAAAUCAGUAACCGAAUUUACUGGGUACAGAGGAAUAACACCCGAGUCUUCAGGAAUGGUAACGCAAGGGGGGUAUCAUGGGCGAAACAGUAUACUCUGUUAUGUCCAUGGUACUGGUCAUGUCUAUAGGCGACCAUUAUCACUUUCCAUCAGAUGGACCGUCAGCUUGUUUGCCAUUCUAAGUUGUAUAAAAAAAAACCCGGAAUCAGUAAUUGUAAUUAAACGUUUUGUUCUUCAUAAAUCAUACCAUAAAAGUCUGAAGCAACGAUUUUAGAACACUUUUAAACGGUAUGUAUUAUAUAAUUUUAACAUCUUAUUUUUGUUUCGCUCGGCCUCGAAAUUUCGGAAGACUUUUCAUAGUAGGUCCUCUUCUUCGUACAAUUGCUUAUAUUUAUUGCUCUCCCUAGUAUAUCAUUGGUAGGUCAACCAGAUUAAUAACAGAUACUGAGUUAAUAUAAACGUGGUUUUUUAGAGACAACAGAGCUGAUUUCAAAAUUCCCGUAAAAUGUUUGAAAGAUAAUAGUGUAGUUCGAAAAUGCGCAUUGGACGUUCGUUAUGACUAGUUCCUUACGUUGAUUUUAUAUUAUGACGUAAUAAAUUAGUGUCAUAUAUACAUAUAUUAUUUGUUAAUUAUAUAUAUAUGUAAGAACUCGCCAACGAGUGAGUACUGGAUAAUUAUAUAUAUAAAGAAUUCAAUUCUUUGUUAGAACAUAAAAGUUAUUUUUCAUCGAACAUAGGAUACUCAUUAAGUUGUAUAGUUCGUAAUACGUUCAGAAAUAUCAAGGUCUUUGUGGGGUAUGUAUAAAUAUAGCAUUUCUGGAUAAAAGUACUCUAACUAUAGGAAGACGAAUCCGCUUUCAGAUCAGGAAUACAAAAAUUUAUGAAGGUUUAAAAAUUAAUCAUUAGUUAUGUUUUAACCAAGUUAUCCUAAUAUUAAGGUAAUGUAUAACAAAUGCCUAUCUAAUAGGUAAUAAUACAAUAUCCUUUUCUUUUUGUCUGUGCGUAAAUAAAAUUUCGGUUCGAUUUUCGAUUGGGUAAAUUUAAAAAUAUAACUUUUCUAAAUUCACUCGUCGUAUUUUAAUGCUAGUGUAUAACAAGAUGGCGCAUAUUGUAAUUUGCAAUUGGCAACAUCAGUUACUUGUCAAAUUUCAAAGAUAAUAAAACUAUUUUUAUAUUUCAAAUAGUGUUAUAACCGAGCGCUUAUCUACAGUUGACUUUGACAAUUGACACAAAUGAAAGCGAAAUACUAAUUUUCUCCACUUGUACCUACAAUGAUACUAUUUAUGUGUCUAUCUAUAUAAUUUAUAAUGCCAUUUAAACACUACCUUAUAUAAAUUAAUAUAAUUGUUAAUUUUAAAAUGUUGCCACAUUGUAUCUUUUGCGUUGUCAUAGAGUACCUAUAUCUACAGUGUAAUACAUGUUAGGAAGCUAGAAUUUAUUACAAUGUCACUAUUUUAUACGUGUUUGUCAAAUUUUAUAAGAAAUAUACCUACCAUAAUGUAAGAGCUUCCCCACAGUUUAUUGUUAAUAAAUAAAAACUGCUCAAAGCGAUUUUUUACAUAAUUCUUGUAUUUUUAAUAGAAAUGUCGAUGGCUAAAAUCAUAUAAGUGCGAGAGAGUGCGCAAUAUGACCUGUUCUACUCACACAUUGUUCUAAUCACGCAUGGGGGUAUCAUGAGCGAAACAGUAUACUCUGUUAUGUCCAUGGUACUGCUCAUGUCUAUAGGCGGCGGUUACCACUUUCCAUCAGGUGGACCGUCAGCUUGUUUGCCAUUCUAAGUUGUAUAAAAAAAAAACACAUUAUUAUUCCGACUCUAGUAAUGAAUUGUGACUAUAAUUAUCCAAACUUUCAGUUCAUUAGAGAGGCUAAUUUGAGGUUCAAGUAGGAACACUGAAGAAAGAGAUAGCUUUACAGCAUUUGUUUGAAAUAGAACGGUGAGAAGUUAAGUACAUUUGGCACCAAAAAAAGAUAAUUUUGUAUUUAGGGGCUGAUUGUGAAGUAGCCAUCGGUAUGUUGACGAACUUAAAGGUGCUAUAUAAGUUUUAACUUUGUGUAGAAUGAUUUAUAUUUAUGGAAGCCACAGUAGUCUCCCACAAUAUGGAUAUAUCUUUUUUGUGACUUGAUUGGGUGAACGUGGGAAGACGAAAUGUACCUAAUAUAAGUCUAUUAUUUAUGUGUAUGUGUGUACAGUGUGAAAUAGAAAUCACUACCAUGCUUUAAAAAAAAAUAACAUAAUAUUUUUUUUCCCAAGAAAAAAGAAGGGAUUAAGAAUGGAAAAAAAUAGAGAUUACAUACUAACUAUGCUGUGUUAAUAUUUUUUUUUUUAUUUUCCAUUUAUACUUUGUUUUAGAAAAUUGUUCAAUUUCACUGUUAUAACAAUCCCAUAAAAGUAUGCCAAUGAUUUCGAGAUUUCGUUCUGUAUGAUAUUCUUAUUAAUUUUAAAUCGUAUUACUGUUCAUUUAAAUAUUGUAUAUUUGUUAAUUGUUCCAUUUCAGUCAAAAAUACUCGAUAAUUCCAAUCCUUCCAUCGACAAUAUUCUCAAUGGUUGAUCGAAGUAUCUAGUGUUUACUUUUUUUUUCAUUUUAUUUUUAAAUAUGUAGUCGUUUAUAAUGUAUAUCUUUUUAUAUGCAUAACAGUAAUUUGGAAUCGAUAUCUUGAUUUGAGGUAGUUGUUUGGGACGAAUUUUUUUUUUAUACUGACAUGGAAUAAUUGCCACUUUACUAAGAUCUAGUCUGUUGUUACUUUAUCGACGUUUUGUAUUGUUUAAUUUGUUAUAUCUCUAUAAUUAUGAUUGUUUGUAUUGACUAGUCAGUAAAAACCUUGUUUUGCUUACCAUUAUAUAGCUGUAAUAUUAUAAAUUUAAGUUAAUUAUGCGAAAGAAAUAUACGCUGCCCUUUAGAAAGCAAGCGCAUUUAUUUGUAGAUACGUGUACGCUACCGCAGCUAUGAUGGAAUGUGACGUCAAACGUCGCCGUUUUGUUCCAUCUCAUCCUUACGGUAGGUUAAUUGUAUCUGCAUAUAGAUUUGUACGCCACUUAUCUAGAAUGUAGUACAUAUAUUAAUUACCGAAAAGAUUGUAUGGAAAUCUAAGUUUCCAAAACUAUCCGCUAGAGAUGCAGCUAUGUAUACAGUUAUCGACGUAAAUAAAUGUGAAGGCGAUUGUAACGUAACUCUUUGUAGAACUCGCACUAUAACUACCUUAGACAAAGUAACAUUUCAUUUGGCGAUUUAACUCUUAAAUUGUAUGAGGUAAUAUUCCCAUACAAUUGGAUUUAUUAUUUACGAUAUUUUUACUUUGUCUAAGGGAUUAGCGGUUAAAAUAAUAGUAUUUGCUUUGUAUAACCUAAGGGUGGGUAAUAUAUAACAAAAACUUAGCGAUGCGCGAAUUUAAAUGAUUUUGUUAUUAGAAUAAUUAGUAAUUACUAGUUUUAUAAUUUGACUACUAAAUUAGUAAUAUAGUAAUAUCUAUAUUCGAAUUAUUUUACUAAUUAAUAACUAAUUACAACAAAGUCCUUUCUCUGAAUCUGUUUACUACUAGAAUACGAUGACAAAAAAACUUGCCAUAGAGUACUGAAAUAUCAUUUUUUUAAUACGUGAUGUAGUUCUUUCGCAAUUUCAUAUAAAAACUGUACUUACUUAUCGAUUCGGCUAUGUUCGUGUCGACUCGGCUAUGUUCGUGUCGACUCGUCCAUUAACGACUACUAAUUAAUGACAUAAGUAGUCGAAUUAGUAGUCGCGCAUCGCUACAAUAUUUAUAUAUUAGCCAAAUAACGGAUAUAUUAAAUAUCGCUUUAAAAAUUCAAUCGUAUUGAAUAUAUCAGCCUGGUAUCGGCGAUAUCGAAAUAAUGAAUUCUUUUCCGGCCUCGAUAUCCAAAGGAAUGUAUUAUAUAUAGACAAUAUAUGUAUCAAUGUAUAGAUAUCAAAUCGAUACAGAUAUUACAAAUGCCUAGACUAUAACCCAUGGAAUUUAAUAGUUCAUUCACGUUAAAGGAGUAAUAUUAAUGGGCUAGUACAUUUACAUUGGCAAGUUAUACAAAGCGAAUCCUAUUAUGAUUCGUGUACAAAGGGUUUUUAGGUCUCGAAAUGAAAAAAAAAACCGUUUUUAUCACUAAUCAUGCCGACGAACCACUCAAUUUGUAAAGUGGUGACUGAAUUGUUGAUUUAAUAACAUAAUUAUUAUUUUUUGAGAGAUUAUCUACGAAAUGUGUUGUUCUAGUUUAUUGAAUAAAAAUAUUUUUUAUUGAGAUAAUUUUAAAAUUAACAUGAAUAAGUUUUUGAUUUUUUUUUUUUUGUAUCCAUAAUGUCAUUUUGUUUUUGUGUUAACGAGGAAAAACUCAAUAAAACUAUUUUUGAUAAU